AUGUCUGUUGAAGUGGUGUCCGUGAGUCCAGCUUCCAAAAUGGAGAAGGACGAGGAUGAGGAGCUCUCCGAAGAGCAGAUCCAGAGUCUCUUGCUCGAAGCUGAAACAAGGUUGAAGAAGGCUUCUGGCAGCUCUAUCAAGCAAGACGGAGUCGUCUCCCUCGCUACCGGACGGGAGGUUGGCGACUCUGCCUCGCGGCCAAACAUUGCUACUAUCGACAAAUCCAGACUGGUCCCGGAGUCGGCAAAGAAGCUUGCUGAGACCAUUCACACCGUGGAACAACCGCUUGUCAAGGUAAGCCCAUAA